GUUUUGUUUCUCUCUCUCUCUCUCUCUCUCUCUCUCUCUCUCUCUCUCUCUGAAUUUCGGAUCACAACCGUGCCGCUGAAAUGAUAGCACAUUACCAAGCUAACAAACAGCCCGCCUACCCGGUACCUACCCUAGGCAGGAAGAUAAGGGCUCAAAUUAAGCGAAACUAAGUGCCAAUAGUAUGGGGCACGUGACGGUGCUGUAGCUACUGAUUUCAACGUGAGGAAGGAAGGAGACAAGAUCACAGUGAAUGCAUCUUUUAUCGCGGACGCGGGAUUCGGACAGAUGCUUGCUGCUCUUUACUUCUCUGAUCUCGAUCGAGCAUUUCAAAUGCAAGACAUUGUUUCUGUUCGCAUCAACUUUCCCGUCUCCGCACCUUGGCCGCAUCAAUCACACGUCAAUGUCAUAUGGACGCCCAGACGGACGCCUUGAAACACCCCCGCCUGGCUCCAAAUUAUAUCGCCCCCCACCUUUUGGGGGUCAGCUGCGUACGAGAGAAUCACAAACUUUCUCCCAAGGUCGUAUAACAAACCUUCAAUCUUGGUCAUCUUGAACGACCAACUUGGCAGAUAAUCCUUGCCCGAUGAAUCUAUGAGUCGUUCAUUUUUUUGAAUGCAGGGGCAAUAACAGGAGAUGUUGCUACGCGUCGCGUCUCUGGUAUCUAUCUAGAACUAGGUGCUUACCUACAACUUGACAGGUCAGCCGGCGCUGGCUUGCACUAAAAAGCCAUCCCGAACAGUUCGUUCCUGUCUAUAGAACGAUAGCAUUAACAAUGGUUCCAAAAACCGUCCUGUCGACAUUACGGGCCACACAAAUAUUGAUGAUAUUUGGCCGAUAUCGGUGACUCUUGUUCGAAAACGAUGCUCUUAGGCCAUGUUCAGUCAAGAAGUCACUCAGCCGGUACUUGUGUUGCUGAACGCUAAAAACCUACAAAGAAAAGAAACAGCAAAAAAAAAACCAAAAAAAACCGAAAGAGUGUCGACAAAAGAACCUCCAAAAAGCAUCGAUAGCUCUGGUGCGGCCUGGCGGCCGCAUAAUGCAAGUGGUGUGGUGUCCACAGUCACCUGUCAACGGCCUUCAUAUCUCCUGGCUGAUCAAUCCAAGAUGCCAAAAACCCAGCUUUUGCUAAACCCAGAGAAACGCGACUGAAGAGGCGCCGUCGCAAUCUGCACCAAGCCCAAGCCCCGCACGAUGAUUCACAUGUAUGCAAGCCUACCACUUUAGCACGCCGCGACUAAAUCCAACAGAUGGCGCGUCUUUGCAUCCUUGGCGUGCGCCAUAAACAGUUUAGCUCCGGCAGAGCUCCUCUUGGUUCUUUUGCCAGGCCAGGCAAGCCAGGGAGGCACCUCUGAACCCCACACAGCCUUCAGCCGUCGUGUGAAUCACAAUCCAACCCCCAACGUCUACUUAUCCGGUUUCUGCUAUCUACUUGGCUGGCAGAAGGACUCGGGUUUACGCACUCACACGAAUGUGCCCCCCGUCGUCUCGUCUUGCCCGUAGAGUAUUAUGUGACACCCAAGCUGAGAAUGACCAUUCUCCACCAGCACGAGACAGCGACGACUUCCCCGCCGGUGACUUACAUGCUAGCCCGGGACUAUGGUGCUUUUUUUUUGUUUCUGGCAUUUUCUUGGUCCCCGGCGCAAGACCGCCGGGCAGUGUAGACGUGGUGGUGUGGACGCCUGACUAGCCUGCGCAUCUGCCUGCUUUUUUCUUUCUUUUGUUUGCCUGCUUACCACCACCCUCCUCCAUUAUAAAAUAAACUAGGGCUGCUUUUUGCUAUUACCGUUUUGUCCACUCGGCUUUCUUCUCUUAUUUGUGUUGCACUGCAUCCCGGGCACUCCUGUUUGAACGUCGGCUUUCUCUGAUAGGAGGGAUUCGUGAGCCUGUCGUUACCAUUCGUCACAAUUCCUCGCACGAGAUAUCAGAUUCGUUUGAGCCGGCCAGGCCGGCGCGCUAUACUGGGUUCAGCUCAACUCAGCUUAUAAGCAAGCUAUCCCAUCAUCUUUUGUCAGAUUUGUCGGUUCACUUGACUUUUUUGAAGAAAAAAAAAGAUAUAUCAACACCUUGCACGUACUGGUUAGAGUUUUGGACCUUUUCAUCAUGUCGUCUUCCUUCAUCAACAUCCCCCACUUGCCUGGCAGCGUUCACAGCGCCAACACCUCAAAGAAGGUCACCCAACAAAGACCAUCACCAUACCUCAGCAUCCAACACAGCAACGCCAUGGGUAGCUCCUGGCCCCCAACUCAACUUCAUCUGAGGGACAUCAUGACCCCGGACUACGACAACGACAUUCCAAUAUUGGAGCGUAACCUUGACUUCAUCGACGACGAUCCACUGACAUACUUCCUUACGCCAACCAAGGAAGAGGACGACCCGAUGAUGGACUUUGACGCCGGGAUCGACGGCUCCUCGGCCGACAUGAUCCGCUCCGUCAGCCCCUCGCAGCUCGACGGCGGCAAGAAGAGCAACGCCAGCAGCAGCAGCAGCAACAACACCAGCCCAUUCGCCCGGCCGCCGACGCCACCACGCUCACCGCCGGCACUGGGCGAAUCGACGGACGAGGAGAUGGACGACGACGAGGACGACUACAUCCGCCUCGGGUCCAGGAGCCACGCCCUGCUCCCGCUGUCGCUGAGCGACUUCUCCAAGGAGCAGGCCCUGCUGAGGACGGCCUCAUUCCCCGGCCGCUCGCAGCGCGGCCGCAGGGCAACCUACACUGCCAACUCGAGCCGGAGGAGACUGUCUCCCAGGUCGUGGAGGGAGCCCAGCCCGGACGUCUGGAGCAUCGAAGAGGAGCCGGAGGACUCGGGCGCCCUCAAGGCGGCCGAGGACAAGAAGAAGGUGGCGGCGGAGGGAAAGCCCAAGAAGAGGGUCAGAUUUGUGCUGCCUACGGAGGAGUCAUUUCAUUGAUUGAGGAGUUUUUUUUUCUUUUCUUUUUAGUUUUCUUUCGUUUUCUCUCGCCUGAGGCGUUUUUGUUUCGUCUAUCUUUUUCGGGUUUGUUCUGUUCCAUUUUCUAUAUACAUGCUCCUGGAUCUGGGUUAUAUCAACCAGUCCUCGAGGCCGGACUGUGCAUUACUAGACGGACGGCACGGCUGCAUUGGGUUUGGCGUUGGUUAUAUCCUGUUGUUUUCGGUUUCAUUUUCUUCUCUUGUUGUGCAGUCCCACAGCUUCUUUUUGCUGUUGGGUAGUCUGGGUGGCGGAAUAAUAUGUGUGUGUUGUUGAUUAUUUUCCAAGUGUUUUGGGUUCUCACACGCAGUGCCGUAUAUUUUUCUAGGCACACCUUUUCCUAUCGGGUCUCUCAUACGCAUCCACCUUCUACAUCCUACCUCACUCAUCUUUCUUAUUUUCUCAGGGUUUUCUUAUCAACCGAGCCUUAUUGUACACACACGGCUGUCGGGCCGGGGUUAUCUUUUUUCUUAGUACUACUACCUACACUGACACAGAAUGACAACAAUAACACGCGUAAAAUUAGCGCGCAGUCACUCAC